GAAUUUUAAUAAACUUAUGAGAAGAGAAAGGAAAACAUAUUAAACAGUUUAAUAACAAAGAGGAGCAACUAGUUCCUAUGGCAAAGCGCCAAAAAGAAUAUAUUCAUAUUGGGUAAAUGGUGUCAUAUGUGCUGAUAUCUGGUUGUAUAUAAUGCCAUCACAUCCAUCAUACCCUUACACUUUCCUCGCAAGCGGUAUCAAAACGGAAUUAAAGCCGCGAGGGAGCGCAUAUGAGUUGGUAAAUAAGAAUUAAAAACGCUGAUAAACGCCGGCUGCUCCUGCAGUUCGCCAGGGGUUUUCGGUUUGUAGUUGAAAUGUCUCAGUUGGAAGUGAAAGAACGAGAGCCGAAAUGGGUUUCAACCCCCAUUUCGCUGAGCAGGAGCAGAUGUUUCUGGCCCUCGGUUCCUUCUGGCCUAAUGGAACGCGCCAAACACAGUCGGUCAUUGUACGGGUGUCUUAUGUGCAAGUAAAUGGUGGUGUUUUACAGGGAGUGGGGGUAACUUAGGGCACGAUCCACUCGACUGCGCGCCGGCGCAGGAAGUGGAGGAAGUUGAGGAGCUGCCGGCUGGAACGGCUCUCCAGAUCAGUCGAGUCGCAGUUGCCGAGGCGAACGGAUCGUGAAAGAGAGUGCUACGAACUGAAGCUAGAAGAACACCCCCUAGAGACUGUGGAGUAACCCCCAGUACAGUGCCAGCAUGUCGCAGCAUAACUACACAAACCCGGCCUUUUGCCAGAACAGCGAGUUCUACCCAGUGCCCAGUGGUAACAGCUCCUCGCGCGCAGUGGAGUCCAUCUACAACAGGAGUCUCCAGAUGAACUUCGGGGCAGCUUCGCCGCGUGCUCCGCGAGAUCCCCGCGAGGGUCCCCUGCGAAUGCAGCGUAGCAUGUCCACGCGGUCGGUGACGCGGAAACAACACCAGCAGAAGCAGCAUGUGCAGCAGCAACACCAGCAGCAACAACUCCAGCAGCAGCAGCUCCAGCCACACCAGAUCAAUCAACCCAUGCAAAAGGCCGCUUCUAGUGGCCGCUAUGCCUUGGUUCCCCUGGAGGAACUGAACAGCAGUAGGGCCAGUAGAUACGCCAUAGUUCCCGGCCAGGCGGCCCAGAGAUUGGCCCGAUCGCAGGAUGACCUGGACCGCUAUAGCUCCAGGCAUGGACUGCAGGAGGAGGAGGAGCCGCACUCCUUCCACGAGGAACCCCACCAGGAGACGCAGUUCGCCAGCCUGCCGCCCGUGCUCAAUCUGCCGCCCAAGCCCAGGAACACCAGUGGCAAUCCCAAUCAAACCCAGAUAAAGCAUGCUUUCAGCAGCGACUUCGGCAGCAAGACCUUUUUGAUAGUGGACAAGAACAGCAACCAGCGGUAUCAGAUGGUGCCCACGGCCGAGGACGAGGAGCUGGUGGACGAGAACCAGGAGAUCAUACAGAUGCACAAUGGCCGGGCCCACCGCUAUGCAGUGGUGCCCACGGAUGCGGAUGAUGAUGAGGAUCUGCAGGACGAGCAGGAGCAGCAGGAGACCUGCUUGAGCAACAUGGAGCUGAGUCAGCAGUAUGCGGCCAGGACCUCGACUCCACAGCAGAGGAAUGCGGCGGCUGCCACCAGGGCGCUGCACGAGCUCCUGACCACGCCCAGGAAGAUGCAGCCGCCCCCGAGACUGGCCCACUCCACGCCCCGGAAUGCCGCCCACCACGAGCAGCUGCAGCUGGAGAGGAGGCUGGAGAUCUACAAGAGCCAGCAGAUCUACCAGAGCCAGCAGGUCAGCGGGUCACUGGGAGCUCCUCCCAGCCUGCCCCUCCGGCAGAGCAGACUCUCCCCCCAGCGGCUGCACUACGAGACGGUGAAGCCCCUGCCCAUGCAGAUGGCCGACCGCUCCAUGGCGGUGAUCAGUCCCAGAGUCCAGGAGCAGGAGCACGAGCGGGAGCAGGACCUGAGCAGCAUCCAGGGCAAGGCGAAGAACAACAACUCGUACCCCCAGAAGAUGGCCAACGCCACCAUCACGCUGGCCGUCGUCUCCCUGAUGCUCGUCCUGGGCAGCACCAUGAACGCGGGACUCAUCAUCUACAUGAUUGGCCACCUUGGAAAGUCCUUCUACCUGCAGUUCGGCCUGGUAGCCUCCUUCUCCGGAAUGGGAUUGGGCUUCCUGGGGUUCAAGUCGCGCCACUGCGAGUGGCUGCCGAACAGGAGCUACAGUUCCGGGUACAUCCUGGUCACCGUGUUCUGCCUCUUCAAGUCCUGCGGAUUGCUGGUGAUUCUGGUGGUGGACCCCUUCCCCGGCUUCCCCGUCCACGAUGUGACCACUGGCGUUAUCCUGGGACUGUCCAUGUUCACCAUGUUCUUCAUCGCCCUGGGCGUCCUGGGAAGCCUCUGGUGCCACCGUCCUCCGCCAGACAACCGCGUCAACGUGGUCUAAGCCCCGGAUUAUUAGUUUUAGGCCUUAGUUUAUAAUUUGUUUGUAAGCCAUCCACUUCGACUUCAAGAACUUGACACACCGAACGGCUAAAAGACCAAAAACAAAGUAUUAGAUUUGUAAUCAGAGGAAGAUCACCAUCCCCCAAAACGACUGUACAUAAUAAGUGGGUUGUACUUACUGCUAGGUCAUAGUAUGUUUAACUUAUUGUUCACCUUUAUCUAGUUUACAUGUGUUUUGGUAUAAGAAUAAAUUAAAAGCACUUGAA